AUGAGGCUGGUGCGGCUCAUGUGGGCCGCCUGGGCGCUAUGGAUAGCGGCCGUGGGAGUCGUGCAUGGCACAGCGUCAUCGCCGCACAUGGCGAUCAUCGACAACAUACCGGACGGCAUCUCGGACAGCUGUUCUCAGCUCCUGCAGGAACUUGAUCAGGACAAGGUGUUCCAGCAAUGCACUGAGCCGCUCAUUGUAGCCACGAACACAUUCGCACAGCAGUCGACGAACUCGAGCCGCUCUGUGGCGCUCUCGUCGUCGAUGGAGAAGCUGUGCCAGGCACAGAAUGGAUGCGACCGACACCUUGUGCGCUACUUUCUCUUCGAGUUCUGGAACCAAUGCACAGAUGAGCUCGAGGCCCGACAUCCCGAGAUUCUGCAGUUGUACGAAUACCUGUACAUAUUCAAUCCCUUCCGUGAUGCCGUGUGCUCCAAGGACGCAUCUGGCCGGUAUUGCCUGCCGACGAUCACCAAGAAGGCGGCGAAGAAGAGUUCCAAGACCAAGCGAGCUAUGCCUCUGCCCCAGGACGUGUACAGUGAGGCGUACUGGGCUCGCGUCUUGCCGACCAUCCCACGCAGCCACAUGAUGGCAGCGACGAAUGCAUCCUCUUCCCCUGCGAUCAACACUUCUCAGCUCCCCUCCCUCGCCCCGCAGCAAGUCUUCUUUUUCUUGUCAGGCGAGUCUGACCCGGAUGUGUUGUGCACGGAAUGCUCGAAACACGUGCUGGCCGCGUACAUUUCCUACGAGCUUUCGUCGCCCUAUGCACCGGGCCUGGAGAACUCGGACGUGCUCAAGUCGCAGCAGAGCAUCUACGAGCGAGCCAAGUCAGUUUGUGGCCGCGACUUUGUCUCGUCCAUCAACCAGCAGGCCCACGUACAGAGCUUCACGGGCCCGGCCUCGGGCGCCGUAUCACCUCGCGCCCUCACGCCCCAUCUGUGGGGUUGGUUGGUAGUAGCGUAUCUUUUGUCUACAUAG